AUGCCCCUUCGAAUAGCCAACUCAGCGCCACGCUUUGCAGGUGAUGGUACUCAGCUCGUCAACUUCCUGGAGUCAGUAGAACGACUCGCGCAACCGCUUGGUUUAUCAGACAAGGAGAUCAUUAAGUAUGCACUGAAGUAUACAGCGCCUAAACACAGGCAGCUUCUCUCAUACCGCGCAUUUGACAACUAUGUGGAAUUUGCUGAUCACGUCUUGGAUUUUUGGCCAGAAUGUGGUGUUUGCCACUAUACGCGCCCUAUCUUCGAAAAACCAGCCGCCAUUGAAGCGCCCCUUGCAAGCGCACCUCCGCAUCCAGAACGCGCUCAAGAGCAACCAGAAGCAGCAAUCAUCGCACCAAUUCCUGAAACAUACGACACAUCCCUGCCCCACGCGCCUAAUCAGGUGCCUCCUGCAGCGCCAGAGCUUCAAUACGCGACACCAGUUGACCAGAGUACGCCCCUUGACGAUCCCAUUACUGACGAAACCGCGCUUUUUAACGAUAGCAGUUCAUGCUCUUCAACCAAUGUCCAAGUGGUGCAUCAGAUGCAUCACAUGGAUCAUGUUCCAGACGACCAAGACGCAUACCUUGACCACGCUAGAACCACUCCGGAAGAAACGCUCAAAUGCGCUAAUGGUUUGUACGAAUGUUCCUCAGUUAACGCGAUUUAUGGUUGUUAUACGUCGAAAGCUCUCAAGGAGCAAAGCGCCUAUUGCCAUGUUGCCGCCCUAGCCUAUCAGGCUGUUCAGGACAAUGUCCUUGAUGAUCCACAUGCGUUUUCAUUGAGCGCUCAAUGCGCCUUUGACAUAUGGAAGUUCCGCGUUUUUGUUACUGACACCGUUUUGAUCCUUGCACCGGUUACCAGCUAUCUGCCUUUGAAGCGCAGCCAUAUUGGCCUAGAUUCGCCACCGACGCUUACCCUGCACUUGCCACUAAGCGCAUUCAAGUACCUUGCAGCAGAUUACCGUCAGCCAGAUGUUCAUGCGCGCACUCCUGAUGCCCUUCAUGUGCUCUCCGACCCAACUACCCCACACCUUCCUACCACUCGGUAUCUAUCAUUAUCUAUAGCUAGUGGGCACUAUCAGUAUCCGUCUAGAUCCGCACUUUCCCUCUUAUCAGUCCCAGUAUCCGUCUUCUACACUUGUGCACUGCUUGCACUACCUUCCCGCGCUCCACGCACCUUCGCACUUCACUUUCCCGCGCGCGCCUUCAGCGCAUUUCUUGCGCUUUCACCCAGCCAUUCACCAGGGUUGUUCAGCAUCAUUCCGUGGAUCCUUGCUUUCCUUGCUUCCCCUUUAGGGUCAAAUGUUCUUGCAUUCUGCAGUAUAGCAGCUAGGCAGAGCUGA